AUGCCUAGUGUCUCAUCCACAACCGGUUUCUCGCCCACCUCCUCUCCCAGCAGCACCGCAGAUCAGAGCUUUCCUGCAACGGGUUCCUUCUUGCCUGCAACGGGCUCCUUCGUUCCAAGCACUGCGCUUACGCCCUCCACAGUGGAUAUCACCUCCUCGUUGAUGACAGAUUCCUUCGUCAGUACCACGUCGCCCAGUUUUUCCUCAACAAGAACCGCAGUUCCCGUUACAACAUCGGCGAGCUCGACAGAGCUGCACAGGACGACGUCAGUAUCGAUCGGUGCCAUUGUUGGACCCGUCUUAGGCGGGGUCACAGUGUUGGCGUUGAUACUCCUUGCGGUAUUGCAUAGAUACAGGCAGCGUUCUGCGCGAGGGAAUGGACAUGCAUCUUCCGAACGCAAUCUCCUUCCCGAUGAAGAUGAGACAGAUGGAACUCAGAUGGCCCAGGAGAUGCCGUCAAACAUAGAUACCGCAACGACAACAUUGCCUAUUGACGCCCCGUCCUCACCUGUCACUCGGGAGCCACGGAACUCUGCCACUUCCUCCAAUUUACGUUCUUCUUUCGUACCCUCCACCAACGGCCUCCCACUCCUCGAUUUCAGCACCGGUUAUGACGUUAAUUUGGGCGCUAGCGCGGGAGCAAAGUCAUUGAGGUUCUUAGCUACGUCUUCGGCGCGUCAUGCCGCCACUGCAACGGCUAUUGCGGUCGCUGGAACACCGCAAGAAGAGCUUAACAGAAACCCCAGCCUGCGCUCUGCGCAGCCCUCGGAGAUCAGUGUGGUUUCCGAUCCGCCACCGCCUUACACGACCAACUGA